UCUAAAACUGAAGUAGAAGAAGAAGCCCAGAACACACACUACAGAAGCAGGAAGAGAUGGCGAUCGUAAAUAACUUGUGUGUUUUUAUUAAUGUCUCUUUUCUGCUCGUUUUCCUCUCUAUCUCUGCCUCUGCGGAGCGACAGAAGACGGUGGAGUUUAACGUGAAGCCGGGAGGCGUGGUGCACACCUUCACAGAGGCCGUAAAAGAAUAUGAGUGCUCGUUCACUUAUGCUUCACAAGGGGGAACCAAUGAGCAAUGGCUGAUGAGUGUUGGUCUGAGUGACGACGACAAACUGUUUUCCUGCUCUGUGUGGAGGUGAGACACAC